GUACAUAUAUAUAAACACAUAAAGCCCCCUCAUUUUAUUCCCAUUCUUAGUUUAUCCCUCUCCCUCUCUCUCUCUAUACUUCAUUUUGAAGAAUCCAAUCAACCUUUUGCAAAAGAGAAAAAAAAGAACAAUAAGAGAGAGAAGCAAUGGUUUCUUCAUCCAUCCCACCUUAUCUCGAUCCAGCCAACUGGCAGCAAGCUAAUACUCAACCAGGAGGUAGUAAUACCAGCGAAAGCUCUCACUUUUCACUACCAACACCACCGCUUGCACCGGGACCUACCCAUGGAGCUGGGUCAGGCUCGAUUAGGCCCGGUUCAAUGGCUGACCAAGCUAGGAUGGCCAAUAUACCCAUGCCAGAGGCAGCUCUAAAGUGCCCUAGAUGUGAAUCCACCAACACAAAAUUCUGUUACUACAACAACUACAAUCUUAAUCAGCCUAGGUACUUAUGCAAAGCAUGCAAAAGGUAUUGGACUAAGGGCGGGACUCGAAGAAACGUACCGGUUGGAGGUGGUUCCCGGAGGAACAAGAGGACCAAAUCCUCUGGUAUCUCCUCCUCCAAGUCUCCGGCCAGUAGUAGCGGCCCAAGUGGUGGUGGUGGCGGCGGUGCCCCAUCAGGAUUCAUGGCUCAUCCGAGUCAACUCGGUGAGUUCAAUAUCCAUGGGGAUAUCGGGUUGCAAUACAGCGGAAUCACAUCUCCCUUGAUGGAAACAAACAAUUUCAUCCCAAACUCAUUCUUACCGGCGUGUGGGGUUGAGCCUUGGCGGUUUCAAACCUCCUCCCUUACAGGACUGAUCAGACCGAGUCCGUGGGUAAGCCCAACUAGCCCAUGGGUUAGAACAAACCAAUCGGGAGCAACACUGACCGGACUAGAAGCAUUCCCACUUCAUGGUAACGAUGAGACAAGAAUGAAGUUGUCUAUGGCAACUAAGUUGAAGGAGUGUGAUCAAGAGCUGAAUUUGUCAAGGCAAACUUUAGUGAGCCAAGGAAAUGAGAAUAAUAAUAGUCAUUUUAACACUAAUUGGGGAAGUGGGAAUGCUAGAACUAGUUCAUGGACUGAUCUUUCUGGGUUUAGUCCUUCUUCAACUACAAGUAAUCUUCUAUAAUGAAUGGGUGUUCUAGAUUUAAUGAUGAUCUAUUAAUGUGUGGAGGAAGAAGACAUGCAAUUAGAUGGUUUAGAUCAUGGAGAAACAAUAUUCAAGUUAAAUGUCAACAUGGAAUAAUACUUUGAUUUGGGACUAUGAAGUAACCCUAAACUUGGUAGGAUGCUGCUUCUCUAUAAUUCUCUUUUUUUUGAUAUAUUUUAAUUAUAGUUUGGGGGAUCUUACUUGUUUAAUCUUAAUAUGGUGUGUGGCUUCUUUGUGUUUUAUAAUAAAGUUGAAGCUUAAUUUCAAUAUAUAUUAAUUAUUUUUCCAGCCCUAA